UCGAGGCACAGCAUCAGGCCAAGGCCAGCAUCUCUCCUUCCUUCUGAGACGCUAAUGUAGAAUCCCAGCAUCUCUCCCUUUCUGUUAGAAAAAGAAAGGUAUAAUCUCUGCCCGAAGCAACCUCCCAGUUCUCUUUCCUCCCUCCAAGCCCCCAUUUCUCCCUCUUAAUCCGCCCAAGAAGAGUGCCACCUUCGCCAUGGCUUCGCCCGCAAUGCCACCGCUCCCUGGGCUCUUCGCACCUCCCAUCCUCCACUCCACCCUCGACCGCUUGGCCUCCCACCUAAACACCCUUCCCCCCUCGUCCUCCGGCCUCGAGCAACCACUCCAAACGCUGCACUGCGCUUUGCUCCGCGCCACGGAGACGAUUCCAACCAAAACCCCGUGUUCGCCCGACCUCAUGAGCCAACUCAGAGACGCUGCCUACGCUGCCGACGACUUGGUUGACGAGCUCGAGUACAGAGCAUUGCAACAACGAGUGGAGGAGAUGGCCAAAGCUUCAGCCAAUCAAACACCUGGUGGCCUCAAUCUCUCUGUAUUCAAAGGCUUCCAAACCGGCGAAGAAGACGCCGUGUAUCAGCCUGUAAUCCCAAGCCAGGCUAGUGGGGAAUCCUCGGUCACAGCGUCUGGUGGCUCUGCCGUUAACCAGGCUGGCGGCGGAUCCUUGGCGCCGGUAUCCGACGGUACCGGCAGCGGCACUGGCGGCGAAGGUGAAGGAAACCAAACAAAUCGUGCAACCGGCAAACACGGCUCGCAUAAGAGAAUCAGUGGAUCCUUGUCAACUCUAUGCAGCUGCUUUCAUGGUAGAGAUGGUCUCACAGAUCGAACAGUCGGUGCAUCUUCUAAUUCUAUUCAAGCUGGAGAGCAUGCUGAUAAACGGUCAAGCAAAUCGAUUCGUAAAAUUUUCAAGUGGAGGCGCAAGGAAGUUGUCCGGCAUCAAGUUGGUGAUGAUGCUAUGAACCAGAAAGUUGGAUCCCCUGCUACUUUGCGAGAUGAUGCCAACAAGAACCGCUUCAACCAGGGAAAGGAUGAUCCAAGUUCUACUCAAAACAAUGCCAAUUUGCAGGCUGAUGGUGAUGCCAUGAAUGAGGCAAGUGGCUCCUCAGAUUCGACGCACAAGGAUGAUGAAGGUACCACUGACCAGGUAACCGAUUCUAAGCUACCAGAAAUUUCUUAUGAAAAAGUCAUUGCAAAAAGGAUAGAGAAAAUUACAGGGCAACUAGACCUUAUUUCUAGUCAAUGGAAGGAUGCUUUGAACAUUCCAGGAAUGGAUAGUGAUCUUAGAGGACCACCUGAGAAGUCGAACGGCUGUAGGAUUACCUCAACCGUUAAGCAAGGGGAGGUAUAUGGUCGCGACGGUGAGAGAGAGCAGUUGGUAAGGAUGUUGUUGGAUUCGGGAGAUUGUGACGAGAAUGUACCUGUCAUUCCGAUAUUUGGUGCGGGGGGUGUGGGCAAGACAACUCUCGCUCAGUAUGUGUAUAGAGAUAAACGAGUCGAGAAAUAUUUCCAUUCAAGUUUGUGGAUUUGUGCCUCCGAUGAUAUUAAUGUGAUGAGGAUUGCAGGAGUGGUUUUGGGGCCUUCUCCCACUUCUAGAGCCAAUGAAGUCUCUCAACUUGAAAAACUAGACUUCCUGGAAGGGAUUCUAAAGGAGGAGCUGAAAGGAAAGAGGUUCUUGCUUGUGCUCGAUGAUGUUGAGAGCAUCGAGUGGACAACGCGCUUUGCUGCUAUAAAAUCUGGUCAAAGGGGUAGCAAGAUUGUGAUGACAGCGAGAAGGGAAGAAGUGGUAGAUGAGGAAGUUAAGAGGAGCAAAAUUGUUUUGGGAGGUUUAAAAGGGGAUGAUUUUUGGUUACUCUUCAAGAAAUGUGCAUUUGGUGAUGAAGACCCGGAUAAACACCUAGAGUUGCAGAGGAUUGGGAAGGAAGUAGCUGAAAAGCUGAAGGGCUCGCCGUUGGCAGCAAAGGUGGUGGGAGGGCUGUUGCAAGUUGAUAUGGAUGCUGGCCACUGGACAAACAUUUUAGGAAGCGACUUAUGGGAGUUAGGAAAGGACCCCCAUGACAUUAUGCCAUCUCUGAGAUUAAGUUAUCAAUACCUACCUUCUCAUCUCCAAUGGUGCUUUGCCUAUUGUUCAGCAUUUCCCAGAGGUUACCCAUUUGAUGUCGACAAGUUGGUCAACAUAUGGAUCGCCCAGGGAUUAAUUCAAUCAAAGAACACGAACAAGGGACCGGAGGAUGUAGGACGAGAGUACCUCAGUGACUUGGUAUCCAGGUCUCAUUUCGAAAUCCCCAACUAUAGGAAAUCUUACUGGCAAGGAAGAUACCAUGUGAUGCAUGAUUUGAUGCAUGAAUUGGCAGUAUCUGUUUGUUUGGAUGAAUGCCUCAUAUAUGAAGGUAAGGAGUUAGGAAUCAUGCCAAAGACAAUUCGCCACUUAUCUGUAUCUCAUUGGGCUGGACCUGAUUUCCUUUCUGAAUGGGAGAGCUUGCGAACCCUCAUGGUUAACUCCAUGCAUGGCAUAGAUUUUGGAGCACUGAGAAGCAUCCGGGUGCUAGAUAUAUCUUACAGCUACAUGAGGCAGCUGCCGGAUGCUGUCAGUCAUCUGAUACAUCUUCGAUACCUGGACCUUUCAGGCAAUAAUAUUUACAGUUUACCUGAAUCACUGUGUAGGCUCUACCAUCUACAGUCACUGAUAGUACCAAAUACAUGUCGCAGAUUACCUAAAGGGUUGACCAGUCUGAUCAACUUGCGGCAUCUCAGCGCAAGUGAUGAAGCAGUUUCUUGGAUAGCUGGAAUUGGGAGGCUCACUUGCCUUCAGGAAUUGAAGGAAUUUCAUGUCAGAAUUGUCAGAGGACAUGACAUCGGACAGUUGAAGAACAUGAGGGAGCUUAGAGGCCAGCUUUGCAUUCAGAGUCUCGAAGAUGUGGGAAGCAAGGAAGAGGCGAUUGAGGCUAACUUGAAAGACAAAAUCCAUAUUGAAAAGUUGCAACUGAAAUGGAGCCGGUGGAUGCGGAAGAAGGUCAGGACUGAUGCGCAGGAGAUACUUGAGUGCCUCCAACCACCACCUCUUGUCAAAGAGCUGGAGCUCCACUGGUUCAGAGGUGCCCAGUCUCCGAGUUGGCUAGCAGCACAAUCUCUCCGGUCGUUGCAGUCUAUUCAUCUAAGAGGCUGUGAAAGGUGGCGGCGCCUCCUGCCUCUUGGGCAGCUGCCUCUUCUUGAGGUUCUCCACAUGGAAAAUAUGGAUGUGGUAGUUGAUGGAGGUGAUGCGGUCGUUGAGAUGUUUCCAUCCUUGAAGGAGCUAUGGUUGGUUGACAUGUCGGUCUUGUUUGAGGGCAUCUCAUUUGAAGACCAAGGUCGCAAGUUUUUUCACCACCUUCGAAGGUUAAAAGCUCUGAAUUGCCGUAAGGUGAAAGGAUUACCCCCACUUUCCAUGCUUUCAUCACUAGAAGAGCUUGAGGUGAAAACGUGUCCUGAUCUUGAAAGUGAGCUGCCUGAAUGUUUGAAGGUCCUCACUUCUCUUUCCUCACUAAAGAUGUCAGCACCAAAGCUAACAUACUUCCCAGGGGAGGUAAUGCAGUACCUAAAACAGUUGGAGAUUGACGGAUGUUCAGAUCUCUCGUCCUGGUUGGUUGAGGAGAAAGAUGAAGCUGGAAGGUCAUCACUCAUCUCUCUGAGCAUCAUUGAAACACCCCUGCCCACAGGACCAAUCCUCAUGAGAUACCUCACCUCCCUCAGAGAGUUGAAAAUUGACCGUUGCUCCAAACUCACAUCCUUCACCACCGAGCAGAAAGAGUGGUUUAAAGGCCUCACCUCACUCGAGGAGCUAUGCAUCUCCAAUUGUAAGAAUCUCAUGUUCCUUCCUGUGGAGCUACAUGAACUUCCCUCUCUGGAGAAGUUGGCCAUAACAUAUUGUCCUAUGCUACGAGCUUUGCCUAUUGGCUUGCCUACCUCAUUGAAAAAGUUGGACAUUUGGGGAUGUAAUCCGGCAUUGAUAGCACAAUGGCAAGAUGAAGUAGCUCCUGCUUGGGUCAAACAAAUUCCUUACAAAUCUAUUUAUUGAGCAAGGAAGAAGGUAGAGAGCUCGAGAAGAAAGGUAAUUGGGAGAAUGAAUUUACUGCUGCUUGAAAUGUUAGCUCAGGUAUGAUUGAAAGUACUUGCCUUGCGGAGGAUGGCAGUUUUUUUACAUUCAUGGGAAGGAAUAUAGUGGUCUUAGUUAUGUCAUAAAGCUUGUGUUUUGAAAUUUGUUACCUGGUUACCUGCCUGUACUAAUUAGAUCUAAAGAUGUUUGGAAUAUGUUUCAUCUUCUUCAUCUUUUCUGCUCCAAUUAUGUCAUUUCAAUGUGGCAUGUAUAUCAAUGUUUCAAGGUGAUUGAACUA